AUGUAAAUCGAGUUUGAUUAAUACUUGUCUUUGUUAAAAAAUUUGGAUGAAGAAACAGAUAAGAAGAUUAGAAAUUAAUAUUCUUAGGUAGAAAUCAAUUAAUCAGAAAUAUCCAAGUGGAAUGAAUCACAGAGCAAACUAUUGAAGUCUUUAAUACAAAUCUAUUGUACUAAUUAAAACAUAACCUAUAUUCAUGUACCUGAUAAUGUUUGGAAUAUAGUAUCAAAAUUGCUUAAUAAAUCUGUUAUGGAUUGCAAAUAACAAUUAGAAAACUCAAAAAAAUUUAUAUUUCAUUAACAAUAAUGGACCAAAAGUGAAGAUGAAGUUUUAAAAGAAAUUUGUAAUUAAUAUUUAUCAGAAAAUAAGCCAUUCAUGUGGAAUGAAAUAGCAAAAGAAUUUUCUUAAAAAUGCAACAAAUCUACAAUAAAGUUGACCAAAUAUGUAAGAGAUAGAUGGAUUAAUUAAUUAAAUCCCUAAAUAUAAAAAGGUCCUUGGGGCACAAUCGAAGAAUUUAAAUUAAUGAAAACAAUUUUAAAGCACGGAAAAAAUUGGUAAAUGAUUGCUUCUGAAAUGAAAAACCAUAGAACAGAGAGUUCUAUAAAAAAUAGAUACUUUAAAAUUUUAAAAAAGCUUGAAUUAAAAGAGGUUUAAUUAUUGAAUAAAUAAUAAAUUGAGAAUGAACUUUAAACAUUUAAUUUAAGUUAAUUUUUUGGAAUUUAAUAGUUAGGUUAACAAGAAAUUAGUUUAAUUUUGUUCUAUUUAAAUGAACUUAAUUAGAAACUUUAAAAAUCAUAAAAUAAUUAGAAGUUAGAUCAAGAAGAAAAUGAUUAAUAAAAACUAGAAAUUCAAGUUGAUAUAGAUAAUACUCAAAAGAAGAAUUUAAAAUCAUCACAGAAAUCUAAUAAUAAUUCUCAUGCUACCAAUAUAUUAUAGAAAGUGUUAGAAUAAUAUUAAUAAGAUUAAUGUUUAGAUUAUAAUAAAAUUAAGGAUCAUUUUUAAGAUAUUGUUGCUUAAAAAGGAGAAACUUUAGAAUUAGAUGAGGAACCACUUAGUAAUUCAGAUAAUUUAUCUGAAGUCUAAUUUGCAAUUAUAAAUAAGGAUUCAUAAAAUCUACAAUUAUUUCCUAAAACUCAACUUAAAGCAGUAAUGGAAGUAAUCAAGUAAAAAAAAGUGAUUAAAAAGGAUAGUAAAAAAGAACAAAAAAAAAUUAAAUAAUAAGUUCAUUUAGAUGGAUAGCAUAUGGUAAACUAAAAAUAAUAGUUAAAAUAAAAAGAAUAAAUACCUCAAUAAUAAGUUUAAUAAUAAUAGGCAAUUUAACCAUCAUUAAUAAAGAAUGUUUAGGAUUAAUAAAUAAAUUAAAACUAAAAUAUAAACUAAUAAUAAUAAUAAUAAUAAUAAUAAUAAUAAUAGUAAUAAUAAUAAUAAUAAUAAUAAUAAUAAUAAUAAUAAUAACAAUAACCCUUCUAUCAAUAUCUAUAUCCAAAUUAUUUAUAUCCCUAAAUGCAAAUGUCUUCAAUGAAUUAAAUGCCUAUGAUGGGAUCUUAAGUUAUGGGACAAUUACCAGGAUAAAUGAUUGGGCCUAUGCCAGGAUAGAUGAUGAUUUAAAUGCCUCAAUAAUUAAGUAAUUAAAUGUAAGGAUAAACACCAAAUUAAAAUAUUUAGUUGAUUUCUGCACAUCCAAGUUAGAUGUAAUAAGUUUUAUUGCCUUUAAAUUAAUAAAUACCAGAGUAAUUCCAAAAUCUAGUAUAAUAUUAAAGUCCGAACAUUCAAAAUAAUUAGCAAUUAAUGCAGCAUUAGGUUGAACAGAGUUAGUUGAAUUAGAUGUAAAUGCAAUAAGUCCCCCUUGCUGGGAUGGGUUAAUAAUAUAUUCCCUUCAUGUAUCAAAUAAUAAAAAUUUAUUAGGUACUAUCCAUAAGUUCUUUAUCCAUAAUAACAGUUAUAAUAGAUGAAUCAGUAAGGUUCUCAACCUUUCUCAUAAAAUGUCAUUGCGAAGGAUAUGUUUUAGUAGACAUCCUAAUAAUAGAUGGUUCAAAUGAAUAAUUCCUUGCCUAUGAUGCAUUAGUUUGGUGAUCAAUAUUUUCAGUUUAUGAAUAUGAACUAAAGUAAUUAGUAGAUGUAGGCAAAUUACUCUCAUGUUAAGCAAGAGAUGGAGGAUUAAAAAUAAAAAAAAAAUAAAUGA